UGUCAAUUAAUUGUCAACAUAGUGAUAUAACCUAAAAUAUUGUUUUUCCAAUUCCUAUAUUUUUAAUUUCUUUUUUUUAAUCAAGAAAACAAAUAUUUUUAUUCAAGUUGAUUUUAUUUAAUGCAAUAAUUCCGAUUGUAUUACAUAUAUUUAGAACUCAUGGCGAAAACUGGAUUAAUUUUUUUAUCCAAUGUUACCAAAAUAAAUGACAUUUGUUUGAAAGCUUCAAAAUAUGUUAAGAAUAGAUUAUAUAUUAAAAUAAAUGGUAAACCUGACAAUAUGUUGCCAGUUGUCAGUAAGCAAAUUGUGGAUUUAUAUUCACAGGCCACAUCUAAAUGUAACAAUUUAGAUGUAAGAUUAUUAUUAAAGUCUACAGAAUCGAAAAAUAUCAAAACAAACUACCCAAUUGAUCUAAUACUGUAUGACAGUCAUUUAACAAAGGAUAUUAAUAGUUUGCAACAAUCAGUACUAUCUCUAAAUAGUGGAAGUAAAGUACAUAGUAUAGAAUUAAAAUUAAAUGAUUUUGGAAAAACUAAUGAAGAGCCUGUAAAAACGUAUGAGUAUGUGGCUCUUGGCGGUACCUUCGACCGUCUACACAAUGGACACAAGAUCCUGCUCUCGCAGGCAGCGCUCCGUGCCACCAAGCAUGUCACGGUGGGAGUUACUGAUGUUAAUAUGAUUCAGUCUAAGAAGUUAUGGGAAUUGAUAGAACCUAUUGAAAACAGAAUAAAGGCUGUUGUGGAUUUUCUCACUGACAUAAAUCCAGAUUUGGAGUACAAUGUAGUUCCAAUAAGAGACUUAUAUGGGCCAACAAAAGACGAUCCCAGAUACCAGUUAAUAGUAGUUAGUGAAGAAACGGCCCGCGGCGCAGUGAAAAUAAAUGAAAAACGAAAAGAGAAUGGUUUGCAGCCAUUAGAGACAUAUGUGAUCAAGUUGGCUCAGGAUUUACAUCCUGAACGCUCUCAUGAGGAAGAGGAGAAAGUCAGUUCGUCCAAUCAUAGAAUGAGACUGCUUGGCACCAUUUUAAAACCACCAGUGCCUAAUCCUAAUAUUCCUGACUGGCCAUACGUAAUAGGAUUAGCUGGCGGGAUUGCAAGUGGAAAGAGCAAUAUAGCAGAAAAACUAAAGGCCAAAGGAGCUGCCAUCAUCAACUGUGAUAUCAUUGCACACGAUUUGUACAAACCAGGGUUGCCGCUUAACAGCACACUGUCUGAGACAUUCGGGCAAAAUAUAAUAACUGAAACUGGAGAAGUGGACAGGAGGAAACUCGGCACGAUUGUGUUUAGUGACAAGGAACAACUGGAGAAACUGAACUCGAUCGUGUGGCCAGCGGUCAUCGAGGAAGCUCAACGGCGCGUGAGAGCCCUCGGCGAGGAAGGGCACAAGGUGGUUGUAAUGGAAGCAGCAGUCAUGGUACGCGCCAAGUGGUACACACACUGCCACCAGCUGUGGUCCGUCAUUAUACCGCCAGAGGAGGCUGUCAAACGACUUCAAAAACGCAACGGUUUAUCUGAAGAGGAAGCUAAGCAGCGGAUAUCAUCGCAACCAUCCAAUCUAGAGCAAGUUGCGAACGCUAACAUCGUAUUUAGCCCGUACUGGAGCUAUGAAUACACUCAAUCGCAAAUCGAUCGAGCCUGGAGCCAUUUACAGGAGUACCUUCGUAGUAGAAAAUGAAUUUAAUUACAUAAUACUAGACUUUAUACGAUUCAUUUUAGUAUUUGCUUUGCAUAACCCGUCGAGUUAAAUGAACCUCUCGUCCUUAGUAACAUUAACAGGUUAGUACUGUACACUUACAACGACAGAUUAUACAAAAUAAAUCCUAUUACGAUAUGGGCUCUUUCAUCGAAUUUCACUAUUUAUAUAUGUUAAUGAUACAGCUAAUAAUAGCCCAUUGUUGAACAUUGGCCUCCACCUUGGGAGGUUUUUCUAGUAGUUGCCACUUUUGGCAGACUGGUUGGCAACCACAGGUUUUUAUUGCUGUCCCUUAAUCGUUAAGUCCUAGACCUGUAUCUAUAUCUGUUCACCGAUAGCUAAAUUCUAGAAGUCAAUAAGUUUACAAAUUGGAAUGGCAAUGCAUGGGAAUAUCAUGGGCGAAACAGUACACUCUGUUAUGUCUAUAGUACUGCUCAUGUCUGUAAGCGACAUUUACCACUUUCCAUUAGGUGGGCCGUCAGCUUGUUUGCCAUUCUAAGUUGUAUAAAAAAAAAUCAUUAUAAGCAUGAUAAAAAAAUAUAGCUGUAUACGUAAAUACCUUAUGGCCAUUUCAGUAUGUAAUUAAUACCAGUAGAUCUAGGUAGUAUGUCCUAUAGGAUUAAGAGUGUAAGGUGAGUGUAAAUAAUAUAAACUAUCUAAUAUACCCUAUAUUCUUAAUCUGAGUUACGCUUCAUUAGAUAGUUUAUAUUAUUUAUAAGCGGAAAAUUUCUAAAAAGAAUGUGAUCGAUUUUGUUACAUAUAGCAUAUUUUAUGCCCUAGAAAAGUGUUUCCGUAAUUGCAAUAAAAUAAGAAUUUAACCAGAACAAAGUCAUAGGCACAGCUAAAGUGUCCUUUUUAUGCAUAAAGGUGAUGUUAAAAAAUGCAACCGCUAAUGUUUUUUAUUAGAUGUUUCGAUACUUUUAUAAAGUAUGAGGAGACUGUUACCUCUGCAUUGCUUUCUUUUCAUUCAUUAUUAAAGAGGAAAUGUACGUUAAUCUUAAUUAAUGUUCUUAUUGGUACUGAAAAUUUGUGAAAAAUGUAUUCGAAAAAUUCGGAAGCAAAUUAUGAGCAGGUGCAAAUUUUUAGUGAUUGGAUUAAUAUAUAGCGUGUUCUACGAUUGUUAAUUUUAAAUAAUUUAUCAGAAACAUUGUAAAUAUUCAAUUAUUAUGAAAAUCGACAGGUCAUUGCAAUGUUGCCUUGCUUCGGUGAUCUAAAGUUAUAAACGCUCUUAAUUCUAUCGGGGAAGUUAUUUAAGAUAAUUUGGUCUUAUGGCUCUAUAAAGUUGCCUGUAUUGUUUAUCCCUGUCUAUGAUUUAAACACAGUUCGCCGCAAACAAUUUGUAUAUAACUAUAAACAUUGAAGUUUGCAAUGUAUAUUUAUAAUUCUAUUACAGAUCACGUAAUACAAAAUAGAAUUUAUUUGUUGGCAAUAUAAAUAUAAAAAAAGCAUAUGUAUUAUUGCAUACCUAUCGAGCUUAGAUUGUAAAAAUAUUCAUAUAACGAACUAUCGGUGGCCCAUAGAUAUGAUUUUAUUAAUUUUGAUAUUAUACCUCGUUUUACUGUAAAUUACUAAUAAAGUAAUAAUUUAAGAAAUUGUUGCACAAAAAACACACUUCUGUCUUCAAUAAAUAUAAUUAAAAUAGGUUCAUAAAAGGACAGAUACAUAUAAAAAAAAUACAGUUGAUUUUGAUGUUGAUUGGGAUCCUUUGCUUUUUUUAAUUCAGCUGCAACUUUUUACAUAGAUAGAUAGAUAGAUACUCUUGUUUCCUUCAUAAGAUUAUAAUAGUAAACUUAUUAUAAAUACAUAAUAUGCUACUUAAACUUGUUAUAAAUACAUAUAUAAACUCUCAGACUAUAUAUCUACUUCACAGCAGCAUAUUGAAAGUAUAUUAUAUUUAAUUUAUAUGUAUUUUGUUUUAGUUGGAUACUUUACAAUACCGAAGUUUUGCGUUGUGUUCAUAAUGAUGUUUUAAAAUUACCUAAAUGUAAUAUUAAAAAUAUUUAAUAAAUCUUUAACGACAAUAACCACUACAAUUUAUAUAAUAUGUGUAAAAUGUACAAAUAUGUAAUGUACAAUAUGAAUAGGUAACAUGUUGAAUAGGAUAUUUUUGUAAAUAUAAAGAAAAAAAGAUUUUAUAAGAUUACAUUCUUUUAAUUUUUUUUGUGUAUAUAAGUAUGUGCACCUAUAGAGUUUAGAUAGAAUGUCAGAAUAAAUUAUGUACCUCUACGUAAUUAAUUUCUUUGACUGAUCAGUCAAAGAAAUUAAUUACACAGCAUGUAAUAAAAAGCAAGGUGUUUUAUGUAAGUAAUUGUAAAUAAUUACGUUACAAUGCGAUUCUGUUAUUUAUUUAUUAUCAGGGUUAAUUGAAAUGUUAUUAAAAGAAAAUGGCAUUUAAUUAGGUAUUUUUAUUAUAUUUUAACAUUUAAAAAUAUUACAUGUAAUAUAUAUAACAUACAAAUAACAUAUAACAUAAAAUCCUUUCUUUUGUCAGCCACGAAAUAUUGUCCGUUAUACAAUGUAAUUUUAUGUUUUAUCUUUUGACUCCUGUUACUACAUAUAUCUACAUUUAUAAUUUUUUUUUUCUGUUUUGUAAACUUCUUUAAAUUCUGGCCUAAAAAUAAAAGUCUGCUCCAGCUCGCAAGUAAAUGUCAUUUUUUACUCAACCAAAGAUUCAUAAUGAAUACUUAGCCCAAUUUAGACUAACCAUACUGAAAAAAAAAAAUGUACUAGGCAAGUUUAGCAACUUUAAAAGUUUGUGUUUUUUUAAUAAGGAUUCCACAAUGGUAUGGCACUUGCUAAAUUAUUUCUUUUCCAAAUAUAAACUAGUUUCAAACAAAUUAUUCUUACUUAAAAAUUAUAUGUACACGCGGUUUUUCUUGUGGCUAUAACUUUAAAAAUUCCAGUUAGAGAGAGACAGACAAUGACAUUUUAGGAAGUGCGGCGAGAUAGAUAGUGACGCUAUCGUGAUGAAGACUUCUUGUGGCUGUAACUUUAAAAAUUCCAGUUAGAGAAAGACAGACAAUGACAUUUUAGGAAGUGCGGCGAGACAGAUAGUGACGCUGUCGUGAUAAAGACGGCGAAAUUCAUUUUACAAAAUGUGAGCGAGACAGUGAUGCUAGUUAUUUGCUAUUGCAUACACAACUGAAAAAAUAUAAAAGUAAAUAUCUGUAGUAACAGCAGUGAAGACACACAGUAUGUUGAUUUUCUCGAUUUUAUUUCUAAAUGUCUAUAAUUUUUAAAAUAUGUAACUUAGAUGUUUUAUUUUUCUAAUAACUAUUAUGAAUUAUCUUGUUACCAGAUUUCGGCUUGACGUUGACUACUGGGACACCCUGUAUAGGUAAUAAAAUUUGAAAACUGAAAAACUAAUCCCCAAAAAGAUUUCUAAACAAAUUCAUGGGACGAUAUGAACAUAAGUUUACAAAUAAAUCUUCCGUUCAUACAA